CCUACCUACCUACCUACCUACCUACCUACCUACAUUACUUCAAGUACAUAGCCAUAGUGAAUAAAAGCAAAACUAGCAAAUCUCUUGCACCUGUCCAAGUCUGCUCCGCUCUCUACUCGAGUCAUCGCUUGCUCUCGCACACUCUGACUCUAGGCAUUUCCUAUACUUCAGACGGCCUCAUUCUCUGUUCCUAUUGUGGAACUACUCAGACAGACUGGCUCUUUGCAAAGCAACUCUUGCACACCUCGAAUUUACUUGUAGCAAGCCUUUUACCCCUGAUACGGAAGACAUCUCCAUCAUGGCCAACCAAGAAGACCUAGCAGCGCUCUUCCAGCGAAACCUCUCCCUCCAACCCAUCCCCCAACCCACAUAUGCUUCCCCUCAACAAGAGGAGCCUAAGCAAGUCGACGAACCCUACGUCUAUUCCAUUUCCCAACACUAUCACCACUCCUCUCACAUUGUUGUCCAACAACCUUCUAGACCAGCCUCGGAACCCCCACAGACCGAUCAGCUCACAACUGAGAUUAUUCUAAGCAGACAUGGCGUUGAUGUUGCAACCCUCUUCCCCACCCAAAUCGAUCUCUUUAAGACAGCAGAUGCCUCUCAGCAAAUGCGGCUCAUUGAGCUGUGGCGGAUUUGCCCACCCAACUACGGCGGACAUGCUCUAGCACAAGAUCUUGGGACAUGGCCAGCGACAUCUUUCCAACAAGAAGAAGCCAUGGCGAAGUUGAGGUACGAAAGACAAAUGUUGGAGGAACGCAUGGCGAGAUCAGGCGGUGAUACACAAAGCAUGGAUAGUGCUGAAGAUACCAUGAGCGACGCUAGCACCACUGCCCCUCUCACACCAAUUCAGGGCGGUGACGGUCGAUGGCACACUGCUGAUGGCGUCGAGCCAUACAUGCAAUCAGGCUAUGAGGCUCUUGCCCAACUUGGAGGUUAUAAGCAUGCUACCGAUCCCGUAUACAACAACAUAUCCGAGAUUCACACCUACCCGAAUGUCGGAGGAGACUGGUCAGCGCUUCUUGAGCAACGACAACAAGCAAUGGAGAACCAGUAUGGCGCCUACGACCAACAUUUCCACCACAAUCAUGGCGGAGUUACGGUAGCACAGUACCAAGGCGAGGACGAGGAGAUGCUGUAGAUAAAUACCCACAUACUACAUAGUUAGACAGAUUGUUUUUAGAGAUAGCUUUUCAUUUGUUGGUAUCCACAACAUGAAGGGAGGAUGGCAUGGCAUAUUUUGUUUCAUUUCCUGGCGCGAGAGGGUUCUGUUUGCUACUCUUCUAGCAUUGGCAUUGACUCACGAUCUCAGGACGUGACAGGUAUUGACGGAUUUGUUUUCUGCAUUCUUUAGAGGUUUGGGGAUUUGGCGCCACAGAGUGCUUUACUACUUGAAGGAACGGAUGGUUGGGGCUCUUAGGCAUCUACUCUCCCUUUCUUCUCCUGUCUUUGUCUUCUAUCUUCUGAUCAGCUGGCACGGGAUGUCCAGCAGCAUGUACAUUUCUCUCCGGAUUGUGAGGUACGUACUCAUCGGCCCCCACAUCCUCCCCAGCAUAUCCCACAUCCCUUCGGUUCGGACAGCAGGUCAAAGUGGUGGACAUUGGAAUCGUAUGUAUCACCUGUCCCCUCCCCAUUCCCACCCCUCCACCCCCAGAGAAGAAAGCGGUCUCACUACUCACUUGAAAGCAACCUGGAUGGACCGCUACAGCACCAGCUUCUGGAACCUCUGGCCUGGAUAUCUCGAUUCUGGAUGAUUCCACUGGAUACUGGACACUGGACCUCAUUCCCCUCUUCCUCUCCCUACCUUUCUGUGUUUGUUUGCUGUAACCUACUAGUCUCAACCUCGUUAAUUGUGAAAUCAAUAAUAAUAUCUUUGCA